AUGCAACCGGAACAGUUGGGUGAACCAUCGAGCACCACCGUCCCUUAUACCAAGCUGAAGGGAGCCCGAGUUGCCGCCCCAGGAGAAAUACCUGCUCGUCUUCUGCAGCUUUCAGAAUUGGACGAGGCUCAUAGGUCCAAAAGCCCUUCACGGCAGCCCGGGUACUGUGUGGAUGAGCUCUGUACGUGUGGUCAGCACAAAUGCAUCCCGCAGAAGGCGCCUGUUGCCUUUGAAGGCAACUCCAUUUAUCGGCAAGAGUACGGACCGAAGCCUUUACCAACACCUCCCCAGCCAGUGCCGGUGAAGGUGCCACCUUCCUUGCCUUUUGAGGGAGAAAGCAGCUAUAGAUCGGAGUACGUCCCCAAGCCACUCCCACCCCCUGUCAAGCCCACGGAGGUAAAGCUACCACCAUCAUUACCGUUUGAGGAGACCACCGCAUAUCGAAGCGACUAUGGACCCAAACCCCUUCCGCCGCCUACAAAGCCAAUGGAAGUAAAGCUUCAGCCAUCCCUCCCCUUUGAGGCAAACUCCUCGUACAGGUCGGACUAUUGUCCUAAGCCUCUGCCCGAGGUCGUACCCCCUACUCCUGUGGCACUUCCGACAUCACUACCCUUCGAGGCAAACAGCGCAUAUCGCGAAGAGUUCGGGCCAAAGCCCUUGCCCAAGCCCCCUGUCCCACAGCAGGUCGUACUUCCCCCAUCCCUCCCAUUUGAUGGGGAUACCGUUUAUCGUUCAGAGUUCGUGCGCAAGGAGAACCCCGUUUGCCAGCUUGCCCGCAUGCCCCCCUACCCGCAGCCAGAGUAUCCCAACAACCAUGUCUUCUGGGAUAAAAAUGAAAAAACAUGGUACUAG